UUGCAUGUACACACAACCCACUUGGCGAACAACACAACAGGCACUGUAUUUACCAGCCAGCCCUCACAUGAACCACACUGACUCACUGGACUCUCUUUGGAGCACAAAUAUCAUCACUGAAAGGAAGGACUACUCUUUUGUGGCUUUUUGUCCCUUUUGAUGUUUGUCAUUCAUUCCUACAGUGGGAUUGACAUCUGCUGAUGCUGAGGUGUAUGGGUGACCCCAAGAGAAAAGGAGGCGACGUGGUAACCAUGUGGAUCCCGACCCCCAGUAUGACUCGCCCUCAGCGGAUGGUCCUGUACGGGACAUGCAUUGUGGCAUUGUUGAAUUUUGUAGGUCUCUUGGUGCUCCUGGUCCAGCAGAACCAGCAGCAUGUUUUGUUGGAGCAAACGGGGGCCAGGCUGGUAGAGGUGGAGCAGAGCUCGGUGGUGGAGUUUCUCCAGGAGGUGCCGAGAGAACGAGCGGGGAUGCAGAGGAACGCCGGGAAGCCACGGUAUCAAUACUCCAGGAAUAAGAGGAGUGAGGCGCAGGAGCUUGAUCGGCAGCAGGAAAGGGAGUUGGAGAAGGAGGUUCACCAGGAGGAAGAUGCGGAGCUCCAUCAGCAGGAGGUCAGUCAGGAAGUUGGAGAAGAGAAGACAAAUCAUAAUUGGAAGCACAAGCAGCACCACCACCAAUACCGCAAGGAGUACGUGCAGGAUGACAUGAUGAUGAUGCUGACUUACUCCAUGGUGCCGAUUAAAUUGUUGAUCGACAUUUGUAACAGCACCCAGGGAGUCUGCAUAGCUGGGCCCCCAGGACCACCUGGUCUGCCUGGUGUGGACGGGAUGCCCGGUACUAAUGGGACGGAUGGCAUCCCUGGGAUCAAUGGGCUUCCUGGUGCUGAUGGCAAACGAGGAAAAAGAGGACUACAGGGGGAAAAGGGAGAACUAGGGGAAAAAGGAGACCGUGGGGAGCCCGGGCCCCCUGGAGAGAACGGCCAAGCUUCCAAUGACGUCAUCAUUGAGGGUCCUCCUGGUCCUCCUGGCCCUCCUGGGCCCAUGGGGCCCCCUGGACCGCCAGGACCUCAAGGGCCACCAAGAAUGAGACACCACAGAGCUCACCUACAGGCAGCUCAGACCAUGGAACCACUAUAUUCCAUUCCAAAUGAUGAGACAUCAUUUGCAAAGGGUACAAGUAAAGCCCACGAGAAGGCACAUAAGACCAACGAGUGCCUAAUAAAGUCACUGAUCAACCCCAGAAAUGUGACAAAGAUGGAGAACACAUUUGGGACAUGGAUGAAAGACACCGCUCUGCUCAACGACGAACGCAUAUGGGUUGCAGAACACUUUUCGGGUCGUGUGUUGAAGGAGUAUAAAAACGUUGCUUCUUUCCAACACAACAACAGCGACACAGUGAAUGUUCGAAAGUUCUAUCAAGGCUGUGGUCACACGGUGCACAACGGCUCCUUCUACUAUCAAAUUGCUGGCACAUCUACCAUUGCCAGAUUUGACUUUCACACCAAGAGGCUUCACACACUCACGAUAGACAACGCACUGUACCACAACCUGGCCUAUCUGCUGCACAACUCCAAGACAUACUUCAAAUUGGCGGCGGAUGAGAAUGGCCUGUGGCUGAUCUUUGCUUCCAGCGUGGACGAGAGCAUCGUGGUGGCCCAGCUGGACCAGAAGACCUUCUCCAUCACCUCCCAUAUCAACACCACUUAUCCCCGCACCAAGGCCGGCAACGCCUUCAUUGCCUGUGGGGUUCUGUACGUUACAGACACCAAGGACACGAGAGUCACCUUUGCUUAUGACUUACUAAAGGGCAAACCGGUUAAUGUCACCUUUGACCUGAGGCCUCCAGGCGGAGUGCUGGCUAUGCUCUCCUACAGUCCCAAGGACAGACAUCUGUAUGUGUGGGACAACAGCUACGUCAAGCUCUAUGUGGUCCACUUCAUCUCUGACGAGUGAUGUCUUGCAGGUCAGACCAACGCUGAUAACCAAACUCCCAAUCUUUACAAACAGGUUAUAUAGGAAGUAGUUCAUAGAAAUGAUGAUUUCAAUCAGCUCAUAAACAACAGUGUAAAAAGUACAGUGCUGUAUUCCUGAUGUACAAUGCAUAUCACAACUGUUUUUCCCAUAAUUUAUAUCAAACUAAACAUUUUAACCAACUUAUUUAAAGCUAGGUGUUAAAAACUAGUUGCAUGAUUUUGCACCCUAUAUUGUGUACAUAUCUAUGCUUUUGUAUUUGUGAUCAACCAUUACCAUAUUUCCCCAAAUAGUGACCUCCGAUCUAACACAUGCCUUGUCUCGAUUUGCAAACAAAUAAGCCUAUCUCCUCCAAUCAUAUUCACCUCCGUUUUGCCCCCACACAGAAAAAUUCAAGUUCUGUUGCUAACCAAAACAGCAGCACUUACAGAGAUGCAGUCUUUCAAAUGCAUUUAAGUGUGGAGACACAGGUUCCCUGUGCAGUAUUAAAGCUGAUCUAAUAUUAUAUUUACCCUCAAGCAGAGUUCCUUCUGUGUGGCCAUUGAUUGAUUGUUUUGUGGGAGCGCCUUCAAAUGAGUUCAGUCCAGUUUUCCUAUUGUCUUUUAUUGACAAUAGAGCUUGUAUUUUGUUUGUUUAACCACACAUUGUUAUUUAUUUGGGUUUUAAUAUUAGUAUAAUACUACUCACAAGUUAGGGAUAAGCACAAGUGCUGUUAGAGAACAGCAAGUUGUGCGUUAAAUAUUGACCAUGUUCGACGUGUGCAUUCAAAAUUAGAGUAGCUCAAAUGAAGUUACAGUAGUACAUUUUAGGAUCACCCUGAAAUGUAUCUGAAAUAUCCCUACGGUAACCUCUUGUGAGUAGUAUAUUUAUGAAUGUGUUUGUACAAAGAAACCCCUAAUUAAUGCCUUGUCCCCUUUGCAGUUGAGUAAGCCCAGGCCACUAUAUAAGAAGCAAGGAUGAAAUAAUAACAGGACCAAAUCACCGCAAUGAAAUAAAAAUAAUUUAUUCACUUUACAAAGGUAAAUCUCCAACCAAGACCUGCUAUUUCUUUCUGGCACUGGUACUCCUGCAAGCACCUGCCCAUGAUACUAGUUUUGUGUUGCUGUGCAUGCACACACACUGAUACACACACAUAUACACACACCAGACACCAGUGGGGCCACUGGUAAAACACGUACAAUACACAUAGUGGGUGGAAAGAGGGGAGAGAAACACAAAUUUGUUUAAUAAAUACCUUACAUACACCUAACAAAAGUUACAACUAAUUCAGCUGGUAUGAUACAAACCAAAAAUAAAGAAAUGCUUUCAUGUUUGUACAAGCUGCUGUGAUAUUUCAUAUAUAUAUAUUUAUAUCAUUUAUAUAUUAAAACUAUUUCAAACAUUUGACUACUAGGCCAAAUAAAGCCAGACAUUCAUUCGUAUUUAACAGAUUUUUCUUCAAUAACCUAUUUAUUCGAAAUAAAACCUUUAGUGUCUCCAUAAUUAGAGUGCAAAUAUGGAUGCUUUAUGGAUGAAACGGUAAAAACAACUAGCAAGGUAACACACACUUACACACACGACUGUGUUGCACAUCUCCCAGUCAAGUAAAACCCCUUACAUUCCUAAAAUAAAAGGCAAUAAGUUAAAUAGUUUUACAAAGGAAUGGUCAAUCAAACAACGACACAAGCAACACAUAAAUAAUUUAAAUAAAAUUCAAUUGUUAAAAAACCAAGACCAAAAAAAAGAAUCAUCAAGAUAAUCUUGUGCAAAACUAGAAGUGAAAAUUUUGUGUUUCCAGUGUGGGGUUAAGAGGGGGGCAUUCAUGUUGGGACCAGACAGAUGGAAACACUGAAAUCACAGUCACGAGAGUAAAACACAUCUUCCCAAACAGGAAUGUUCUAGCAGUGAGGCUGCCACACAAACAGGCAUUUGAGGGCAGACACAGGAGCGUGAACGCACAGACACACGCAUCCACACACACACGCACCCACACACACACAAGGCCAAACCAAGACUGGUCAGUGUGUGUUACCGGGGUAGUCUGCAAUAGAAGGGACUGGGCGGGGUGGG